CAUGAGGAUCCUCUUCAGAGUCCAGAGCCACAGUAGAUGGUCCCUUGUCAUUGGCACUGCGUUGUUGAUUGGCGUCCUCAGACUAGUGCACGUGAACCACACAGAUGGGCGCCGGAACACUUCUCCCUCCGCCAUACCACCACAGUCACAGUCCGCUGUGGAUGUCUUCAAGUGCUCCCGGAAUGACACCAUGAACAACAUUUCAUCCUCUAUUCCACCUACCCACCGCAACUUCCUCGUGUACAAACACUGCAGGACAUUCUCCCGCCUGCUGUCUCCGACACCCUGUCAGAAUGACCUCUUUCUCCUGCUGGCCGUUAAGUCCACAGCCAUCCAGGUUGAUCGCAGGUCUGCACUUCGGAACACAUGGGGGAAGAAGGGAUAUGUUCAGGGUAAGAAGUUGAAACUAUUGUUCCUAGUAGGUAAGUCUUCAGACACAAUACAGGGUUACCCGCUGCAGCAGGUACUGGAGUGGGAGAGCAGACAGUUUGGGGACAUCCUGCAGUGGGAUUUUGACGACAGUUUUUUCAACCUGACCCUAAAGGAGAUCCACUUCCUCAAAUGGUUCCGCCUGGAGUGCCGCUGGGCACACUAUGUGUUCAAAGGGGACGAUGAUGUUUUUGUUCACACCAGCAAUCUGGUGGAAUAUGUUAAGGACAACAAGCCCUCCGAGCAACUGUAUGCUGGGAACAUCAUGUCUGGCUAUCCAGUCCAGGACAAACAAAGUAAAUAUUUCAUACCAGGGGAGAUGUACCCCAACAAGCCAUAUCCUCUAUACGCUGGGGGUGGGGGCUACCUGAUGUCAAAUCAGACUGUGCUGAGUCUGGAAGUGGCAGCGUCCAGCAUUGACCUGUUCCCCAUUGAUGAUGUCUUUGUGGGCUUGUGCCUACAGAAGAUGAACAUCACGCUGACGCACCACUCUGGCUUCAAGACCUUUGGGCUCAAACAGGGGGUGACACACUUCAACCCCUGCAUUUACAGGGAGCUCAUGGUGGUGCACAAACUGAAUCCCACAGAGAUGUGGACAAUGUGGUCUCUACUGCAGGACCCAAAGCUGCAAUGCUUUAGAUCAAGGACGUGAGACAUCUGGCAUUGUGUGUAUAUCAUGAUGUGCUUAUCUGUCUCGCUACCUUAAAUUGAGAAUUCCUUUCAUAGAUAAAUUAUCCUUAUGAAUGGUCUAAAAUUGCAUACUUUCCUUUACCCAAAAUAAUAUUUUAAUGUAUUCUGACAUUUGGCUUCCCUUAUCCUCUAUGUUCAGAUCAGCACAGACAGUGUAAGAUCCAUUUAAGAAUACUGAGAUGCAUCUAGUGCCAUUUGACACUUCCGAUGAGGACGUUUGUAGAAUGUUUCUAGGAUUCUAUAAGGUUGGAAAAGAGAUAUUGAUGGGAAACUUUAAAAACAGGUAGUGGGUUACAGAGGUAUUGAUGGAAAACUUUAAAAACAGGUAGAGUGGGUUACAGAGGUAUUGUUGGGAAACUUUAAAAACAGGUAGAGUGGGUUACAGAGGUAUUGAUGGGAAACUUUAAAAACAGAGUGGGUUACAGAGGUAUUGAUGGGAAACUUUAAAAACAGAGUGGGUUACAGAGGUAUUGAUGGGAAACUUUAAAAACAGGUAGAGUGGGUUACAGAGGUAUUGAUGGGAAACUUUAAAAACAGAGUGGGUUACAGAGGUAUUGAUGGGAAACUUUAAAAACAGGUAGAGUGGGUUACAGAGGUAUUGAUGGGAAACUUUAAAAACAGGUAGAGUGGGUUACAGAGGUAUUGAUGGGAAACUUUAAAAACAGGUAGAGUGGGUUACAGAGGUAUUGAUGGGAAACUUUAAAAACAGAGUGGGUUACAGAGGUAUUGAUGGGAAACUUUAAAAACAGGUAGAGUGGGUUACAGAGGUAUUGAUGGGAAACUUUAAAAACAGAGUGGGUUACAGAGGUAUUGUUGGGAAACUUUAAAAACAGGUAGAGUGGGUUACAGAGGUAUUGAUGGGAAACUUUAAAAACAGAGUGGGUUACAGAGGUAUUGAUGGGAAACUUUAAAAACAGGUAGAGUGGGUUACAGAGGUAUUGAUGGGAAACUUUAAAAACAGAGUGGGUUACAGAGGUAUUGAUGGGAAACUUUAAAAACAGGUAGAGUGGGUUACAGAGGUAUUGAUGGGAAACUUUAAAAACAGAGUGGGUUACAGAGGUAUUGUUGGGAAACUUUAAAAACAGGUAGAGUGGGUUACAGAGGUAUUGAUGGGAAACUUUAAAAACAGGUAGAGUGGGUUACAGAGGUAUUGAUGGGAAACUUUAAAAACAGGUAGAGUGGGUUACAGAGGUAUUGAUGGGAAACUUUAAAAACAGAGUGGGUUACAGAGGUAUUGAUGGGAAACUUUAAAAACAGAGUGGGUUACAGAGGUAUUGAUGGGAAACUUUAAAAACAGGUAGAGUGGGUUACAGAGGUAUUGAUGGGAAACUUUAAAAACAGGUAGAGUGGGUUACAGAGGUAUUGAUGGGAAACUUUAAAAACAGGUAGAGUGGGUUACAGAGGUAUUGAUGGGAAACUUUAAAAACAGGUAGAGUGGGUUACAGAGGUAUUGUUGGGAAACAUUAAAGCAGAACUGAACUCGGGAACUGACUUCUCUCGGCGUAUGUGACAUCGAUAUUAAUCAGAAACCUUUUUUCCAGUACCAGAAUUGACUAAAAAGCGCAAGUAGAUUAAUUUUGACCGUAAAGUCAGUAUCUUCCUAAAUAGAGGCAUAAAGGCUAUGUAAUAUAAUAAGUGGUAUAUUAAUACAUCUUUUGAUAGCUUCCAAAAUAUUUUUUAGAAUGGUGGAGGAGUGCCAAGAUCAGAGUAUAUGAGCGAGUUGAGUGGAAGGAACAAAAAUGAAUAAUUUAGGCUAUUUUAUUAGCCUUUUAUUUCAAGGCUAUAGUCUACAAAUAAAUAAAUGAUGAAGCAUUUGCAAGUCCAACACUCUAGACUGGCAGGAACAUUAAGCGCCCAGCAUUUAAACAACAUUUUGUUGUAUUAAAUCAUUUGAGUCUAUAAAUUGCGCAUAUAGGCUGUGACUUACUUAUAAUUAAAUACAACUGAAAUGAAAAAUUCCUUAUUAAAUGCCUUGGAAUUCACUUUAGAAAACACAAGUUUGGCCAGAGUCUGUGGCUUCAGCCUCCUCAUGAGAUGGUACCUAGAGAGCAGGCGAGCAGUGGAGUAUACCCUCUAUCUAUGCACUUGUAGAGCCACUGGGGAUGCUGAACACACUUUGGGCAUAGCCACGGGACAUAGGGGCGCUGAGGGUACUGCAGCGCCCUCUGAAAAAACAAAUACAGGAGUGGUAAAGGCACAGUGCACUACUUUGUGAGAAAAAAAAAACAAUACAAACAAUAAUAAUACAAAUACAUUUUUAUAUUGUGAUUUAUUUCACAAAAGUAGUGCACUGGGCCUUUACUACUCCUAUAUUAGGACUGCAGCACAGGGAUACUUUUGUUUUCUCUCAAAGCAGCACCCCCAAACAUCUUCCUGCAGCUAUGCCUUCAGGACAGUGGGCAGGAGUGCAAAGUUGUUUUUUUCUAUUGGCAGGCCCAAAGGUUUUUAGGCAAAAUAACCAUAUCAAAACGGAAGACUCCGUGAAAGAUGUAAUAUGUCAAGAUCAAUGAUUGCCUAUUGUAUAGAUAAAAGAACAAAACAUUUAAGAGUUCUGAUUUGUUGCUUAUAAUUACUUUGCUACAAUGACACACUUACCUAGCUACGCACCUCAUUUCUUUCUGAUAGCAUACAUACAUACAUACAUACAUACAUACAUACAUACAUACAUACAUACAUACAUACAUACAUACAUACAUACA